AUGAAUAUUAAAGUAAUUGUUUUGACAUUGAUAAUCGGUAUAUUACUAUGGCAAAUAGAUGCAGGACGUAGUAAGGGUGGCCGAAAAAAGAAAACUAGUCAUGGCGACAGAUCGGAAAUUUCAUCCUCUUCAGGAAAUGAUGAUGAAGAGAGACGUAGAAAAGACAAAGACCAUGAACGUGGACGAGAACAUAAAAUGGGAGAAAAGAAAGAUAGAGGAAUUGAUAGUAGCAGCAGCAGCGAGGAAGAUGAUAAGGAUAAAAAAAAUGAGACGGCAAUUAAUGUGGAAAAUAAAAUGCAUCAAAAAAGGGAAAUAAAAUUUGAAAAAGGACGAGACUUCAAGGAAUCAUUUAUGAACCCAUGGAGGAAACCGGAUUACAGUUCUGAAUCUGAUGCGAUUGAACCAAAUUUGGAAAGUAAGCUUCAUCAUGUUUUUUAA